AAACAACUGAACACACACACACACUAUCUACCUAAUAUUUAGUGUGAGAAACAGGUAGUGUGAGUUGAGGUUGAAGCAGGCAGUCAUGAGAACCAUCACGUCCAUCAGUUUCUCAGCAGUUCUUGGUCUGUCAGCGCUGUGGCUGAUGGAGAACUCGCUGGCUGUUAACAUCACUGGAUCCGUGGGAAGCAACAUAUCAGUCUCCUGCAGCUAUCCUGAAACCUACCAGAACAACAGCAAGUACUUCUGCCAGAUGAACGGCUCGUUUGCUCCAGGAGCUCUUCAGUGUGUUCACAUCAGUCAACCAGAGACGAGGUCUGAACGAGGGAGACUGGCUCUUCUGGACGACACCAGCGCUCAUGUUCUUACAGCAAACAUCUCUACACUGGCUCCAGAAGACUCAGGAAAGUACCUGUGUGGAGUAGAUAUCACUCUGCUGCCGGAUUUCACCUCUGAGAUCUGGAUAACAGUCCCCAUAGAACCUCCACACGAGGAAACCACAGACCUGUUCACGGAAGAGCUUCCUGAGUCUUACUCGAGGUUCAUGAUGAUGGUGGCUUUGAUGUGUGUUGGCGCCCUGUUUUUCGUGUGUUUGUUCGGUCUGUUUCAAGUCCUCAAGCACAACAGCCGGCGUAAUUCAGGUUUUGUUCUCCACUGCACCAGGACUAUAUCAAACCCAGUGGUGGAUGGCCACCAGAGAACAAACCGUGACCUUCCAGAGUUACCCAAAGUUCAAGGUGAAAAAGAGGAACUUAAUAGACCCACAGUCCCAGAUGAUACAAACGCAGAACCUUCAGACUACAUUGAUGUUGUUUCAGCACAAACGACAGAUCAGAUCUACACAGAACUGGACAGCAAUAGACAGAGUAAAGUGUAUCAGAGUCUCACAGUUGAUUCUGUUCAAGAGUCGAUCUAUCACACUCUUGAUAAGACUAAGACUGAACACAGAAUCCAAAGCCAAUCAGAAUCCUAGUUUCCUCUGAACUUUAUAUGCUGCUUUCACAAAAACAAUUUAGGAUGGUAUUUUACAUAUUCAAUAAAUACAGAAAUCAUGCUCAUAUGUCUCAGAUAUAGAUUUGUGAAGAAAAGACUGCCUAACUAAAGUUAUAACUCUUACU